UGGGCAUAUUUUGAUGAAGUAUAUUGUAUGUAGUAGAGCUGGUUUUAAGAAUAAUGCUUGUCCUCCUGUUUCGGAUACCAAUGUUGCUGGUUCUGAAGGUUGCCCAACAAAUAGGAAAAGAGUGUCUAAUAGGACGGAUACCAAUGUUGCUGGUUCUGAAGGUUGCCCAUCAAAUAGGAAAAGAGUAUCUAAUAGGAUUGGAUGUAAAGCCAUGUUAACUCUGAAAUAUUCUGGAUUUAAAGGGUACUCAGUUUUUGCAUUUGAACAACGCCACAAUCAUUCGAUGUGCUCUGAAUUAUCCAAACAAUUUCUAAAGGUGAACAGAAAUUUAGACCUUGGACAUCAGAAGUUUGUUUUAAAUUGUUUUAGAGCAAAUAUUGGCACAAUGAAGUCAUAUCGGCUAUAUAAGGAGAUUGUUGGGGGAUAUUCUAAUAUUGGUGCUACAUCUGUGGAUUUCAAGAAUUUCAAGCGUGAUCUUAUGGCUUAUAUAGCUGGUGUUGAUGCCCAAAUUGUCAUUGACAAAUUAUUCAGGAAGCAAGAGGUGUCUUCUGCUUUCUUUUUUGACUAUGAUGUGAAUGAUAGUGACCAGUUAACAAGGUUGUUUUGGGCUGAUCCUAUUUGCCGCAAGAAUUAUGCAUUGUUUGGUGAUGUUGUUUCAUUUGAUGCUACCUAUGGAACGAAUAGGUACAAUAUGGUGUUUGGACCUUUUACGGAAGUUGAUAAUCACAGAAAGUGUGUCACUUUUGGAGCUGGAUUAUUAUUGAAGGAGGAUGUGGAGUCAUACGUUUGGCUUUUUACUUGUUUUAUAAAUGUUAUGGGACGUCAACCAACAUGCAUUAUUACUUAUCAAGAUCCAGCGAUGCGUAUUGCCAUUGAGAAGGUAUUUACAUCAUCCAAACACCGCUAUUGUAUGUGGCAUAUUAUGUCCAAAGUCACUCAAAAGGUUGGCCCAGUUUUAAGCAAAAAUGAAACAUUUAUGUCUUCAUUGAAUUCAAUAGUUUGGAGUCAUUACCUUGAACCAUCUCAAUUUGAAGAAAAGUGGAUCUCUCUCAUGAACGAAUACGAAUUGACAAAACAUGAUUGGUUUGUCCAUAUGUUUGAGUUGCGCUAUUGGUGGAUACCUUCUUAUUUUAGAGAUCUAUUUAUGGCUGGAUUACUUCGUACAACAUCACGGUCUGAAAGUGAGAAUUCCUUUUUCCGUGAAUUUACUAACCCACAUUUCAGUUUAAUAGAAUUUUUAAUGCAAUUUGAGAGUGCAAUGGAUGCACAAAGGCAUGCACAAGAUAAAUUGAAUUCAGGGUCAGAGUCCUACCUUCCAGUUUUGAAGACUCCUUUAUCCAUGGAGAAGGCUGCGUCUGAUGUAUUCACACUCGCUGUCUUUUAUGAUAUUCAGUCGGAAUUGUGUUCAGCGUGCUUUUCAUGUCGUGUUUUGCAUGUGCAUGGUGUUGAUGGUGAUUUUGAGUAUGAAAUUUCCGAUGAUCGUAAUUUGGUGUUUAGAGUUGACUUGAGCAUGCCAAAUAUGAAGGCAGUGUGCAGUUGUAAGUAUUAUGAGCGGAUUGGCAUGGUUUGUAGACACAUAUUUUUUGUUCUAAAGGACUUGAAAUUGGAACGCAUUCUGAACCAUUUGGUUAAUAGCAGAUGGUGCAAGAAGGGUCUAGUGAAGCCACUCACUGAAAUUUCGGAUUCCGUAUUAGAACAGACUUCAUUGUUGGAGGACAAUAAGAUGUCUGUUAACACUCUUUGGUCUGACAUAUAUGCUUGUAUGGCCCUUGUUGAAAAUAAUCCCGAUUAUUUGAAGCAAUUUUCAGGUUUAAUUAAACAGCAAAAGCAAAUUCUACUUUCUCUACAUGAAGGUGUUGGUCAGUGUUCAACAAAGAAUUCAUUAAUUGAAUCAUUUUAUGGUUCUGGUGUGCCAUCUGAAGUCACUGUUCAUCCCCCGCAGCAGGCGA